AUGGCCUUGACUUCUUGGAAAGCUUUCCGAUUCUUCGAUGUCAGCCCCGUCAAGCUCGCAGACGCCGACAAGUCGAUUCUAGAGCAAGGCAAUGUCAGCUGUAUCACUGCGAGCUCCGAUCAGCUCUAUCUCGGCUCUCCGGACGGGACACUUCGACUCUUAGAUCAGUCCUUCAAGACCAAACAAUCAUGGAAGGCGCAUGAAUCCGGCGCAUUAACCACAAUUCGCCAUAUCCCCCACUCGUCGCUACUCAUAACUCUCGCCGAGGACCUACCAAACGAGCCCGUCCUGAAGGUGUGGGCCUUGGACCGCCCCGAUAAGAAGACUGGAAUACCUCGCUGUCUCUGCACCGUCUCUGUCACCAAUGGCAGGAAGCCUUUCCCCGUGUCGGCCUUCGCUGUACUGCGGGACCUGUCUCAAGUCGCCGUCGGAUUUGCAGAUGGCGCCGUUACUGUAAUAAGAGGCGACUUCAUCCAUGAUCGAGGAACAAAACAGCGUACUGUACUUGAGACGGACGAACCCAUCACCGGCCUUGAGUUCAGAGAAGCGAACGUUACAACUCUGUUCAUAUCCACCACAAGCAGGAUAUCGACCCUCAUCAUUUCCGGCAAAGGUCAGGGUCAGCCUGCGAGAACACUGGACGAACAUGGUUGUGCUGUCGGCUGCCUGACAAAAGAUUUGCAUUCAAACGACAUCAUUGUUGCUCGUGAUGAUGCCGUCUACGCGUACAACCCGCGAGGCAGAGUCGCUUCGUAUGCCUAUGAAGGUCCUAAAAAGCUCACUGCUAUGUACAAAGACUACGUCCUGCUGGUGUCGCCUCCCAAACACAUGACAAAUGCUCCGACGAGGUCAUUUGGUGGUGGCCAGGCGGACGAUCUGUUUAGUACCUCCAACUUCACCAUCCUUAAUCCUGACCUCAAACUCAUCGCCCACACUGAGGCUCUACCCAGUCAGGUCAAUGCCCUUUUCUCUGCAUGGGGUCAAGUCUACGUGGUGACCCUUGAUGGUAAAGUCUUGCGCUACACCGAAAAGACCUUCCAACAGAAGCUUGAGAUCCUGUAUCAACGCGAGUUCUUUGUUCUGGCCAUCAACCUGGCGCAGAAGGAGAAAGUCGAUGCUGUCCAGCAAAAUCUUAUCUUCCGCAAAUAUGGCGAUUACCUAUAUCGCAAGGGCGAUUACGACACCGCCAUGCAACAGUAUCUUCGUGCUAUCGACAAUACUGAACCUUCACAAAUCAUUCGCAAAUUCCUCGAUAACCAGCGGAUACGAAAUCUUAUCGAGUAUCUGGAAGAGCUACAUGAGCAUCACAAGGCUUCAUCCGACCAUACGACGUUACUGCUGAAUUGCUAUGCAAAGCUAAAAGACGUUGACAAGCUCGAAGAUUUUAUCAAAUCACCGGGUGAUCUGAAGUUCGACCUGGAUACAGCCAUAACGAUGUGUCGCCAAGGUGGCUACUCUGAUCAGGCCGCCUUCUUGGCGCGAAAGCACAACGAACACGGCCUAGUUGUUGAUAUCCUGAUAGAGGAUCUCAAGAAAUAUGCUGAAGCGUUGGCCUAUGUCUGGCGACUGGAGCCGGAACAAGCGUAUGAAAGUCUCACAAAAUACGGCACUGUCUUGCUUGAGCACUCCCCUGAGGACACGAAACAGCUCUUCAUAGACUAUUUCACUGGCAAUUUCCGACCCAAGAAGGACGCUGUGGUCGAGCAAGAGAUCACUACAGAACAACAGUCAGGAGGCAUUGGCAAGAUGGCGACGUCAGCCGUACAAAAUCUUGCUGCUCUAAUACCACUUCCAUACAUGAGUGCAGAUGUCCCACGAACGCCAGGUGGUACCAAGACAACGCAACAUGUUAUCGAGACUACGGUCGAGGAUGAAUUCGUCGAGUACAAGGUACCCAAACCUAGAGCCGCCUUCUCCUCGUUCGUCGAUCAUCCGGAUGAAUUUAUCUCAUUCCUUGAAGCAUGCAUCGCUAGCUCCGGCUUGAAAGAUGAAGACAAGACGGAUCUUUACACGACACUAUUCGAGAUGUAUCUCCAAAUCGCUAGUAAGCAGACCGGCGAAAGCAAGAGAGAGUGGGAGAGCAAAGCGAAGAAGCUUGUUGAAGAGCAAAAUACACGUAUGGGUACUUCCAACAUCCUACUGCUCUCGCAUUUAUCGAACUUCAGAGAUGGCACAACUCUCGUCCGCGAGCAACGCGGUCUCUACUUCGACAUUUUCCGGUCUUACACUGCUGCAAACGACACAGCAGGAGCCAUCAAAGCACUCCGCAAGUAUGGUCCAGAAGAACCACAACUGUACCCAGCAGCGCUUGCAUACUUCACCUCGACCGAAGAAAUCCUCGCCGAAGCCUCUUCUGAGCUCGACAGCGUACUCAAGAAGAUCGAUGACGAUGGUCUCAUGGCACCACUCCAAGUCAUACAGACUUUGUCACAAAGCAAGGUCGCAACAAUGGGUCUCGUCAAAACAUACCUUUCCCGCACAAUCGAACGUGAACGAGCAGAAAUCGCGUCCAAUCGCAAGCUAAUCUCGUCCUACCGCACCGACACAGCAGCCAAAGCCAACGAACUCGAAACUCUCGCUACCAAGCCUGUCUCCUUCUCCGCUACGAGGUGCUCGGCUUGUGGUGCUCCUCUCGACCUCCCUACCGUCCACUUCCUCUGCAAACACAGUUUCCACGAGCGGUGCUUGUAUGUCGGCGCUGGUGACGAGGACUCUGACGUCGAGUGUCCAAAGUGCGCGAAUGACAAUGCGACGGUCAAGGCCAUCAAGCGGGCCCAGGAUGAGAGUGCUGACAGGCAUGAAUUGUUCUUGGACGCACUCGAUAGAAGCAGAGAUAAGUUCGCUACUGUUAGCGAGUGGUUUGGCAGAGGUGUCAUGAGUAGAGGUACUGCUGGCGUCGAAUAA